UUCUCGUCUCCCGCGCCGCAGCCGCCCGAGCCUCGGUGUGGAGAUUGAGAGCUGCCGCCAUGGGGGUGGAAGGUUGCACCAAGUGCAUCAAAUACCUCCUCUUCGUCUUCAACUUCAUCUUCUGGCUGGCAGGAGGCAUCAUCCUGGGAGUGGCCCUGUGGCUCCGGCAUGACUCCCAGACGACGAAUAUCCUCUACCUGCACCUGGGCGAGAAGCAGGCCCCCAAUACCUUCUAUGUCGGAAUCUACAUCCUGAUCGCGGUUGGAGCUGUGAUGAUGUUUGUGGGGUUCCUGGGAUGCUACGGCGCUAUUCAGGAGUCUCAGUGCCUUCUGGGAACGUUCUUCACUUGCCUGGUGAUCCUGUUUGCCUGCGAAGUUGCAGCUGGAAUCUGGGGAUUUGUCAACAAAGACCAAAUAGCCAAAGAUGUGAAGCAGUUCUACGAUCAAGCGUUUCAACAAGCGCUCAUGGCAGAGUCAGACGCGAACAACGGCAAAGCUGUGGUGAAGACCUUCCAUGAAACGCUGGACUGCUGUGGUCCUGAUAAUGUAAUAGGAGCUACCGCUCCCCUGUGGAGAGAAGACCUCUGCUCAAGAAAAGACUCCAUCCUGAAAACCUUUGAGACUGUCAACUGCCACAAAAAAAUUGAUGAGCUGUUCUCCGGGAAGCUGUACGUGAUUGGUAUUGUUGCCAUCGUGGUUGCUGUGAUCAUGAUCUUUGAAAUGAUCCUGAGCAUGGUGCUGUGCUGCGGCAUAAGGAACAGCUCCGUCUACUGAGCCGUGAGAGAUGGGGAGGGGAAGGGGGGAGCAGGGCAGAUGGCGCUACAGGGGACCCCAGGUGCCACCAAGUGACCAUGAGACAUUUCAACAAAAGACAAAGAAAACUAUGUAUAUAAAUACUUCAAUAUUACCGUACAGUACUCACGUUUUUAUUUUGAAGUACUUUUUUUUAAUAAAUGAAACUCUCCCAUAUCCUUGUGGCUGAAUUAGUUACACAUCAGUUUUGUGUGAUGGGGAAAGCAGCUGUAGCAGGAGAUGAGUCCUUCUUCCCUCUUCCCCACCCUCUGUAAUUCAGAAAUAAUGCUGGCAGAAGAUAUACAGAGGGGAAAGCUGCAGCUUGUUAUCAGAAAACUUUGCCUUGAUUUUCACUCUCUUUUUCAAUCCCAACUUUUUUUAUACACAUAAUUGGAUGCUGAGCAGAAUUUAGCAUUUUUGUUCAUUUGUACUCAUCUUUUCCUAGCAUCUGCCCACCUCCCUGGGAGAGUGGAGAACAAAUAGCCCCUGUCGCCUCGGUGCGACAUGUUCCAGGAUAAAUGCAGGUGUAUUGUUCCUCUCCAACCUGUUUGCAUCAAUAUGCCAGUUCUUAACAGAAGUCAUUCUUAAAUUUUACUCUCUGAUGAGUGGGAAUGUCUUUGGCUUUUGGGGUUUUUUAUUGCGUUUGGGUUUUGUUUUUUUUUUUUUGGUUCAGCUAUAAUUUUAUAAUUGGCUCAUUUUCAUUGAUUCAUUAUAUUAAAGGGUCAGUGUCUGGGGGUGAAUUUUAGUUCCAGUUUUGAGAAUAUAAAAAGAAAAAUGGGUCACUUUUAACCUUCUUCAGUGUUACUUUAUAAACAUGUGUUUUGGGGAGAGUCUGGUUGUGUACUAAGUUUCUGCUGUUAAGCUAAUUCUUGCAUACAAAUUAUAUUGGAUAAAAGAGGAAAACUUUUUUUAAAAGAAAUCCUCAACCUUAGAAAUUCUCCAUUUAUGUAUUGCAGGAUGAUGCCUGGGGGUUCCCAGCCAUAUGCAUAUGUGUUUAAAAUAUCAUCUUUGCAUCACUCUCUUGUGCAGUUUUCCUUACUUAUAGCAUAUUGUUGCACACUGUAAUAUUGCUGGGAAAUUGCCAUAACCUGAUCUGGGGAGAAAACAAAACAGUUUAUUUUUAAGACCUUCCAUUUACAUCAACAGCAGGAGAUCAGCUUAUCAAAGCAAGGGAAUUGAGGAUUUUAGAUUGCACCAGGUGAAACACUUUCUUGUGGCCUGGUGAGCUUUGAUUGCCAAUUCAAUGUAUGUGGCUUCUGUUGUAUGCCACUCCACUACCAUGUAGAUAGAGGGGGAGAAUAACCCAGGAGCUAUGUAAUAAAAUUAGAGUGUCUCUAAAAAGAUAAUCUAUGUGUAUAGUUCUAUAGAUAUAUAUUUUUAAGCAAAGCCUUUUCCUUAGCCAUACAAGCACUUGAGCUGGAAAUUAUAGUAUCUCUCAGCUCUCUGCCACUUCAAAGCAGAUAAGGGGAGGAAAUGAAACCAGUGAUCACCAUCCCCACUUCAGGAAUAUUUCUGUUUCUGAAAGUUUUUCACUCUCCCCCUUCAUUGAAACAAAGAGCUUUAGACAGGACAGGGAGCAAGACCUGUGAUUAUUUUAAAUGAGUAUCUUGUCCAUUGCACAUGGCUGCUGUAGCCUUUGCCACUACAGGAUAGGAAAUUCCUGCGCUGGGGUAAACUGAUCCAUUUGGAGGCUUCCCUCCCCUUCUACUCCCCCCUUUCCUCUUCCUACCUUUUAGUAUAUAGGGCCUUUAAAAAGUAUAUAGGUAAAAAUAUAUAUAUAUGUAUCAAGUUGUGCUGGAUAAGAAGAAGAAGUGCUUUAGCAUUACUUCAGAUUGAGGGGUUGGACAUAAAAAGAUUCAGCCUUAGAAAUAGCCUUAAAGCAACACUGCCCUGAAUGUCCACACUGUGCACAUCAAGAAUGAGACGAGUUUUGCAGUAGGUAACGCCUUCCCAGUUCCCCAGUGUAGCUCCUUCAGGUCAUGUACUCUGUUCUGUGGCUAUAUGUAUAUGCAUCAACCAAGCAUGGGUGUUUACAUAUAUGUGCAUUGGGAUUGUUAGCAUACAGAAUGGAUGUGUAACUUGCCGCCUUUUUUGUUGAGUGUUGAUAAAUGUAUAUAAAUAUGCCAUUAAGCAUUUCAAUUUGUUUUCUUUCCUUAUACCUUAUUUUUUAUAUUGUUCAGUAUUCAGUUGAUGCUGCAUAUGUAGCUGGAGCUCUGUUUGAAGACAGGCUGGGUCCCGCUGCAGGUUAGGUGUGUCCUUGGACAUUGUACCUUUAGGAGUCUGGGCUGUUCCAAGCAGGAGCAGUAGGGAGAAAGCGGUACUUGAAGAGAGGGAGUCUGAGAGCUGUGGAAGGAAGAAGAGCAGGAAGUUAGCUCAGACAGUGUUCCACCUGGACUUCAGUUUGUUUGCUGGCUCAUUUCAGAGGUGGUUUGUCGCUGUGGGGAGCUCUAGGAGCAGCUCCCUUGGCCACCUCCUGUCCCUAUGGCUGCUGCAGGAAAGGUGCUGUGGGAGGGGAACAGCCAGUGACUGGGAAGGUUUUGGGAAAGGGCAGAGGAGUUUUGCAGGGAGAAGGUAAUGCUUUCCUUAGAGUUACUAGUGGAGAGUCCCCAUGUUCAGUGAUCAUCAGCUGUAGCAGGAGGGUUCAGCCCUGGGAGAAGAGAGACAGAGAGGACCUAUCAUGCUUAAGAACUGAAGUAGCUGAGAAACCCUCACAGAAAAACACUACUCAUGUGGGUCUCCACUAGUCUGGCCUCCUGCGAAGCUGGACUCGAGUUCAAACAAGCUAGAGAGGGAGCUCUGAAGGGCUGAGGGGACUCGCCCUGUUGGAUGCACUCAGGAUCCAAAAGAGACAGGGCUCUCCUGCCAGUUGGUCAGUCCCAAAGCUGGCUGAGAUGAAGGGGAAAAAAACACUAGGUAGGACACCUGCCCUGCUUCAGACCCUCUCCUGCAUACCUGCAGAUUUGUGUGCUCAACAUGGGGCCUUGUUCUGUUCCCCUCUACGCUCCUAAAAAACAAUCUGUGGAUGAAAUUGUGGGCUGUAAAUGCAAACCCCUCCCUCUCCAGGGCAGCAUCCUCCUGGACCUAGUGACAGCUGAGAAAAUGGCUGUGAGCUGGGGCAGGGAGGAGGAGAGAGACUGAUGGGGGAGAGUCAACUGUCCAGGUCUGAAUUGAAAGACCACAUCAAAAAGUCAAACAGAGCGGCUGACAGCUUAACUGAAUGCUUGGGAUUUUUUUCAUACUGUGGAGCAUGCCACAAAACAGUGUGUUUAACUUCUUUCUGCCUUUUUUUUUAAGAAAUGAAACAAAAAUCAAUUUAAUAAACAUUUCUCAUAGUGUG